AUGUCGAGCUAUGACCGCUACACACACAUAAACGCUCUCCCCCCAGCUUCAAGUGAUGAAUUACAAGAUAGUUUUUCAACUGCUGUUGACGUCCUCCUGCUACGGCGCUUUGGGGAAGCACGGAAGCACAACAAGCAUGUGGGAUUUCCAAGGACGACAGGAACAGAUGUGUUUGGAAUUACUGUACCUCUUAUUACCAGUACUACUGGAGAUAAACUUGGCAAGACCGCUGGCAAUGCAGUUUGGCUAAACAGAGAUAAGACUUCUCCGUUUGAGCUAUAUCAGUUUUUCGUCAGACAACAAGAUAACGUAGUUGAAAAAUACCUGAAACUCUUCACUUUUCUUCCUCUUGAGGAGAUUGACCACAUCAUGGAAAUGCAUGCUAAAGAACCUGAAAAAUGGGGCCCUCAGAAACGACUUGCUGCAGAAGUAACCAAGCUUGUUCACGGUAGAGAGGGGCUAGAAUCUGCUAAGAGGUGUACUAAGGCCCUUUAUUACAACAGCGUGGAGGCGUUGGAAGCUAUGUCUGACCAAGAGUUACAAGAACUUUUUAGACAAGCUCCUUCAGCUGAAUUGAUGCUUGAACCUGGAAUGAACGUUCUUGACUUGUGUCGCCAAGCAAAUGCCAUUCCAGAUGGACCUAGUGGGUACCAGAAAAUUACAGAUGGUGGAGUUUCAAUAAAUGGGAUUCGAGUAACUAAUCCUGAGACUGUUCUUGUUCUCGGACAGCAUAUUCUCAAGAAUGGAGUAUCACUGCUUAGGAUUGGAAAGAAAAAUUACUACAUUAUAAAAUGGCUGCAGUUGUGACAACAGAACUUCUCCCUAAAAUGAUGUAUCAUUUUGACUGUUGCUCGAAGAUGUACUUGAAGAUGUUUCUAUACUGUGCGUUACUACGCAGCUUACAGACUGCCUGAUACCCUAGUUGCACUCUCAAAAUACACCAACAGAGUUCAAAUGAAGGCAGCUAACAUUCUAAACAGC